CGAUCGCGUUCACAAGGAGCACGGCGACUGUACCCUACAGUCAGCAUGCAGAAGGGUGUAGGGUCGAGGGAAGGUAAGGCUACCUUGGAACAAGCCGCCGAAGCUAAAGAAGAGCGUCGCCAUCUUUGUCCGCGCUGGAUAUGUCCUCAGGAUAUACGCCUUUCAGCGUUAUGAGUUGGACUUGAUUUAGCAGCAGCGGGCCUGCCUUGAGGGAAAGUGAGCGCUGCACUUGAAAGCUGUCCCGGAGUUUGUUCGCUUGUCCGACUUCAGCCAAUCACCAUGUCGCUUUCACAACACCACACAUGGCGAGCACUGGAGAUAGGCGCUAAUUGGCGACGCAACAGGCAACCGUCCAGGAUGGCAAACAGGCUUAUGCAGGCCUCGGAGCCGUGCUCCUUGUCACGAUGCUCCUCCACCUCUUCGUUUCGCCAUAUACGAAGGUGGAGGAAUCGUUCAAUAUGCAAGCGACCCACGACAUCAUGACAUAUGGUGUACCGUGGCGCGACGUGUCAGCCUUCUUCGAGGCGAAGUAUGACCAUAUGACCUUCCCAGGAUCUGUUCCACGAACCUUCGUCGGCCCUUUGGUCUUGGCCGGCUCAUCGAUGCCCUUCCGCUUCCUUAAGUCGUUCUCCAAACCGGACUUGCAGCUACUGGUUCGAACUAUCUUGGGAGCCUGCAACGUCGCGGCGAUCUAUAACGUCAAGUACGCGGUCGAUACGGCUUACGGUAGGAUAGCCGGGAUUUGGUACGUAUUGCUACAAGCAAGCCAGUUCCACGUCAUGUACUAUGCCUCGCGCACGCUGCCGAACAUGUUCGCCUUCUCGAUGACGACCUUCGCCCUGAGUGCUCUGAUACUCGUCAAAUCGAUGGCCGCCAAGUCCAAGCGCAGCGUGAGACGGAGACGAUUAGCUCUGCAUCUUCUCACAAUAGCUGGUAUUGUCUUCAGGUCCGAGAUCGCGAUAUUGCUGGCUAUGGAGACCAUAUACCUCCUCGUCCGUCAACGAGUGUCACUCACGAACGAGAUUAUACCGGCAGGUCUUGCGGGUGCGGCAAUCGGACUCGCAACAACAGUGUCCGUAGACUCCUUCUUCUGGCAGCAAUUCCCAAUCUGGCCUGAAUGGACUGGGUUCUAUUACAACACCAUCCUCGGCAAGUCUUCCGAUUGGGGUACCAGCCCUUUCCAUCAUUACUUCCUCAACGCUCUUCCAAGGCUACUAUUAAACCCAAUGACUUACCUGGUCUGCAUUCCUCUGGCUACAGUCGUACAAACCAGCCAAGACAUUCUGCUCCCGCAACUGGCAUUCAUCGUGCUCUAUAGCUUUCUUCCGCAUAAGGAAUGGCGGUUCAUUAUCUACAGCAUCCCAGCAUUCACGGCGGUGGCAGCAGGAGGUGCGGGUUGGAUCUGGACGAGACGGACAAAGUCAGUACUCUACCAAGUGAUGAGCCUGGCGCUCGUUGCGUCCGUUCUUGGAUCCUUCAUCAUUUCAAUGGGCAUUCUAUACAUCUCGAGCCUCAACUACCCCGGAGGCCAGGCUAUACACUCUUUGCACCAGCUGGUACCUACGAAUGAAACCCUUGUCCGAGUAUACAUGGACAAUCUCGCUUGCCAAACAGGUGUCACUCGCUUCCAUGAGGUACGAUCGUCCUGGAUCUACGAUAAGACUGUAGACGACAAGAAGCUGCUUGACCCGGUCUUUUGGCAGCGAUUUGACUUUGUGCUUGCAGAGAGCCCAGCAGGGGUCAUUGGCAGCUGGGAGUCCGUAGCUAUCAUCGAGGGGUACGAUGGAGUGAGUCAGCGUGGCUCCAGCGGAGCCUGGCCGAGCAUACGAAUGGCGCCUAAAAUCCACAUCUUGCGAAAGCAAGCACUGCCGCUGUCAAUGGAUCAUACAUAGUUUGACACC